UGUACCCUUGUCUUCCCUCCAGGUCUUCCCUCCAGGAACAAAAAAGAGAGAGAGAUAUCUUCCUCUUCUUCGUUCUUGGCGAUCGAUCGUCCUUCAUGGCGAGCUUAAGCUCCCUCCUCGUCAUCGCCUGCAUUGCUUCGGCGGCGCUGGCCAAUGAGUUCCAGAGCUACGAGCAGCAAGAGCGAUACUUUGAGCCCCAGAACUUUGGUGGCUACGAUCAGUCUCUAAGCUACUCUGGAUCAUCCGGCUCCGGCUCCAGCUCCAGCGGCGGUGGUGGCAGUCCCAGCUCCGGCUCCGGCUCUGGCUCCGGCUCCAGCGGCGGUGGUGGCAGUCCCAGCUCCGGCUCCGGCUCUGGCUCCGGCUCCAGCGGCGGUGGUGGCAGUCCCAGCUCCGGCUCCGGCUCUGGUGGCGGUGGCUACGGUGGUGGCAGCCCCAGCUCUGGCUCUGGCUCUGGCUCUGGCUCCGUCCCAAGCACUGGCGGUGGUGGCGGUGGCUACGGUGGUGGCAGCCCCAGCUCUGGCUCUGGCUCUGGUUCCGUCCCAAGCACUGGCGGUGGUGGUGGUGGCUAUGGAAAUCCUGGCUCCGGCUCCGGCUCCGGCUCCGGCUCCGUCCCAAGUUACGGUGGUAGCCCAGGCGGCGGUAGCGUUGAUCCAGGCAGUGGUAGCAUUCCAACCGUGCCUUCCAGCGGCGGCAUUCCCUCUAGCGGAGGCAUUCCCUCUAGCGGCGGCAUUCCUACUGUUCCUUCCGUUGGUGGUGGCACUGGCGGCAUUCCUUCCACUGGAACUCCUUCCUCCGGUUGCUCUUGCGACUUCUGGGCUGCUCACGUCAACUCGUGGCCGGAUCCACUCCAGCUGAUCUCCACCGUCUCGGCCGUGUUCGGGGGUCUCGCCGGGAACACUUUCGGACCCAGCACCACGCUUCUCACUGCGCUGCAGACGAGGAGGUCGGAUCCUUACAGCCAGCUCCUCCGCCAAGGCACCGCAGCCAUGCUCAACGCCUACUCUCGUCCAAACUUCCAGUACACCCCUCUUGCCGUUCGCAGCCAUUUCAACGCCGCACUCGUCUCUCCCCAGGCCGCCGCCGUGCAAGCCGCCAAGUUUGCCAACGCCAACCGAGGAUAUGGCGUGAAUACCGUCUGCACAUAAAGAAAGGCUCUUCUUCGUCCUUUCUCUUCUCUUCUCUUUUGGAACUCUUGUUCUCAGUAUCUCCUCGGUGGUUUGGAUAGUUGUAUUGGUUUUUGUUGGCACAGAAAGAUUCACUAGUAAAAGGCGUGCUAGUUCUUGAAUAACGUCGAUAGUUUCCUCUUGCCACAUGCAUCGUUUGUCCAAAUCCUAUCUAAGAAAUUGUGAUAAGAUCUUUAUUCUU